UACCUAUUUGUCAUUUGUCUGAUAAUUUUACUAUUUCUGUUUCUUUGCAAUUUCUGCGUUAUUUAUCUAUUAAAUUCAUAAAUUACAACUAUGAGCAAAUUACCCCAUUACCUUUAAUCUAUUUAUAUAAUUCUGGAUCUAUCAAUAAUUUAUAGUUCCUAUCAGCAUGGAUGGUACUUCAGCAAAGAAAUCUACCUCUUUUGAGACCUUGGUCAUUCAAAGUAUUACAAAUGUAAACGAUUUAAAAGCGAAACUUAACCAUAUUAUUGCAACCGGCAAAGACUAUGAAUACAAUGUAUCUUCAUGUUUGAAAACUUUACUGCUCAGCAGUGAUCAAGAAAUUGUUCUUCUUAGUGUCCAGGCUGUGUCUGAACUCGCUAAAUGUGAAGAUAAAAGGAAAGUAUAUGCUCAAAAAGAAGUAAUAGAACCUAUUAUAGACAUAUUGAAGAAAGAAAUUAAUUCUGACAAAACAGAGCUCCUGAAACAGUGCUGUCGAGCUUUAGGCAAUCUGUGUUGUAAUUGUGAUACAUCGAGAAAGAUUAUUCUUGAUUACAAUGGUGUUUCCAUAAUAAUAAAAUCAUUAAAACAAGCUAUAGAAAAGGGAGGUGAUUUUGAAGAUGUCAAAGUUUAUGGUACCAAAAUGUUUCAGAAUUUUGCUAUCGGCGGAGCACAGUUCUCAGAAUCAAUUGUACAAGAGGGCUUGAUUGAGUUGUUACAUAAAAUAUUAGUGUUAGAACUUGAGAAGGAUGAUAUGAAUGAUGAUAUGGUAUUGACAGCACUGUUUGUUUUGAGUAUUAUAAAUGAUAAUAACCCAGAGUAUCUAUUUGAGGAGUAUGUCAAUAAAGCUGUUCUUGAUGUACUGCGGGAGACUACUAAUGUUGAGAUAUCAGAGUUGUGCUUGGAACAUUUACAUGUGCAGGCUGAACAUGAUUCAGUUAAAACAUUACUAGCAAAAGAAAGUGGUUUACAACUGGUCUGCACACGGUUAGAACAGCUGGUGCAAAAGCACGAUGCAGGAGAUUUAAAUGCGGAUGACUAUGAAGUUGUCGCUAUACUGAAGCAGGCUUGUGAUCUUAUCAUCAUUGUAUUGACUGGAGAUGAAGCAAUGCAUAUACUGUACAACAAUGGCGUUGGAGAAGUAUAUCUCACAAUGGUGAAAUGGCUGGAAUCGUCAAACUAUGACCUACUCACAACUGCUGUGCUUGCGAUAGGAAAUUUUGCGAGACAAGAUGACUACUGCAGACAAAUGAUGGAGGACAAAAUCUAUGAUAAAUUACUUGAUUUGUUUGAGGUAUACAAUGGUUUUAGUCAGAAAAUGCAAAAGGAACCAGAAUCUGUGCACCCUAUUGACUCGGUAACAGUGACUAAAAUCCAGCGUGCGGUCUUGUCGGCCCUUAGGAACUUGUCUGUGCCUGUCGCCAACAAGAGGGUGGUGGCGGCACAGGGUAGGGCUGCGCCCAUAUUACUGGACGCUCUCCCGCACGUAGAAGAUCAUCACGUUGCCUAUAAACUGCUCGCUGCGAUACGGAUGUUGGUGGAUGGGCAAGAGAGCGUGGCGCGGCAGGUGGCGGCGCGGCGCGCGGCACUGGCGGCGGCGGCGCGCUGGGCGGGCGCCGGCGCGGGCGCGGCGGCGGCGGCCGAGGCGCCGCGCCUGCUGGCCUGGGCCGCGCGCCAGCUGCGCCGCCCGCCGCCCGCGCUGCUGCAGGUGGAUGGUUGUGUGGCAAGUUUGGUGAACAUGUUAGUGGCACCUCACUCUGUCAUGCAAAAUGAGGCCAUACUAGCGCUUACUCUCCUAGCCAUAGAAUCACUUAAGAAAACCACCCCCCAAACAGAAGAGCCAUCAGAUUUUGAUUGCGAAAGGAGUUUUAUUACUCAGCUAAUAAAGUCGGAAAUUGGUAAACACGUAUCUGUAUUAAUAGAGACAAACUGCGCGAAAAUGCCAGUGGAAGUUGCAGAGAAUUUGCUCGCAUUCCUCGAUAUAACGUCUAAGAAGAACGAAAUAGGGCUCGACUACAAGGAGGCGAAAGUCCACGAGUCCUUACAGAAGUUCAUGGAUUCUAGAAAGGAUUUAAACGAGGACCUGCAAUCUUGCAUCGCGGCACUUGUGGUCACCAUUUCGGAUAAUGGCAAGUCGGAUUAAUUUCCGAUAAUAAGAAGAGAAGGGAAGAAGCAUUUGAUGAGACAAUGAAGUAAUUUGACCUCAUCUGAAAAAUAAAUAACAGCAUGAAACUCGCAAUAAAAAUUGGCCCCAAUUUGAUAAAGGCCUGUGUAUUUUGUUUUAAUUUUUUUUUUUUCUAAUAUUUGUCGAGUGUAACAUUGGCGUCGAUACUGAAGCACCCUUUCUUUAAACCUAUUUUUAAUAUAUUUCAAUUUGAGUUUACAGCGAAAUCUUUACUCCAAGCACCAAAAUAAACUAAAUUUCUAUUAGAUUUAAGUCGAAAUUAUUAUAAAUUUAUUUCAUGGUGGUCCAUAUAACAGUAAUUUCACGAAACUAACAAAUUAAAAUAUAAAAUUUAAAGAACUGGCCUCUCAGAAUCGACUGCAGCGUGAUGAUUGAUUAUUUUUUGUUAGCUAUAUAUUUUUUUCUAUUAUUUGAUUGUGACAUUCGGUUAAUUUUGAAAAUAUCAUUUUCAAAAAAGCGAUAUCUACACAUUCUUCCAGACAUAUUGUCAAAUGUGUAGACGUACUGUACAUUUAUUCAGUUUUUGUUUAGGGGAAAUUUAAAAAAAAAAACAUUUAUUUAGUAUGGUAAGAACAAUUCUGCUUGUCAUUUAUUAAAGGUAUCUCUAAAAUUCUUUAUUAUUAUAGAUUUUUUACAUUCAAAUAAUGGAAGUUUAGAGUUGGCGCACUUAUUUCUUUAUUAUUAGUGUACAUUAACCAAAAGUGAUAAAAAAAACAUGAAUAUAAAAUAAAACUACAGUAAUCGACUACAUGUCGUCAUAUUUACAAUAAUAUUCAACUUCAUGUAGUUUUUAUUUAUAUUAUUCUGAAGAAGUUUGCUUUAAUACAUUGUAACGAGGUCACAAUAUAUUAUAUGAUUAUAAAACAUAUACCUACCUAAAGGUGUAUUGAUCGAAACUAAAUACUAAAUUGUAACUAUUUAAAUAUAUUUCAUAAAGCAUCGCUUUCCUAAACUUCUAGCUAGUCAUAAUUUUAAUAAUAUAAUUACUAUUAGUGGUUUUGCUAGAAUUUUCCUGCAUUUAAACGUGAUGUAAAUUGUUAAGCGAUAAUUCGGAGGACAGUAAUAUCUGUUGUAUAAACUUUCAUCUUCAAUUUAUUUAGAUAUGACUAAUCAUAUUUUGAGAUGUUACUGUUUUAAUGAUAAGUGAUAGGAAUGUUAUUUUUGAGAUACUCUCUGUUUUCGCUGUACUUGUUGUACAUUCCAGCAAACAUCAGACAAGCUAUUUAUAAUUAUAUUACAUAUUCCUUUCCGUAAAACUUGGAUGCUUGACUAAACACGAAACUUUGACUUGUUGUGAGAAGAAGAUGUGUGUGUAUUGUAUGACUGUAACAUUUAUGAUCAAGUCAAAGUUAUACAGUUAAAAGUUAUACACAUGCCAUUUAAGAGUUAUUCUUACAUGUGUAUACUACACAAAAUAUAAAAACAUACAAACACUAUACAACACACAUACACUACACAACCCACACACAAUUUCACAACACACACGACUACACUACACACACACAUACACAGUGUAUGUGUGUGUGUAGUGUAUUCGUGUGGUAUGUAGUGUAUGAUACUACUACUACAUAACACACACUUAUACAACACACAUACACUACACAACAUACACAUACACUACACAAUACAUACACACUACAUAACAUACACUAAACAACAACCACAGACACUACACAACUCUCAUAUGUGCAAAGGGAGAGAGAGGAACUUCGGUAGGACUAAAUGAUAAGAGUCAACACUUUCACAGAAAUGUUUAUUUUUAAUUAAUUACUUCUUACAUACUCAUUAUCGAAUUCUUAGGCAAAUCAAGCAUCCAUGGUUUUCACUCAUUGAUGGUUGUGUUACCACAUAACAAAAGUGAAACAGCAAUACUGACGGAAUACUCAAAAGUACAAUAAAGUCACCGUUUUAAAUAUUUUGUAAAUACGCUUUAGCCACAGUUGAGGCGAUUAGAUAUGAAGCUAUAAGCAGCCACUUUAUUAUCAAAGAAUCUUAAAGAAUUAGUUUAGAAAAUAUGUUUCUUGUUCUAAUAUCUAAUUUAAAAAAAAAAAUAUUCACAGCAACAAAUUUGUAGAUAAAUGCUUCAGCGUCGUAUUCGAUCGCCUCGUCUGAGAUCGGCCUUAAGGAUGCCAUUUGUAUCAGUGCCGCUUCAACACAGCAAGCGAUUUGUCAUUCAAAUUUCAACUUUAAUUUGUAGUGCUUACAAUACAUUAUCAUACAAUGUUCUACCAUGAAGCGUUUGAAAUUUUGUUAUACUGAAAUGUAUUAUAUUGCAUACAUCUUAAAUGUCAAAUUUAAUAAGCUUUCUGAUAUUACACCACAAUGUGGACUAUACCGUAACAAUACACCAGAGGGAGACUUUGUACAAAAGUCGUUUGCUUGGGUACCUCUGUCCCAUUCGUGUUUCCACCGUGAAGCAGUUGUGUUUGCAUGGCUGUGUUUCGGUUUGAAGGGUGGGAUAUGGCGUGAAUUUACAGGGUACAGAGGAAUAACACCUGAGUGCUCAGCAAUGGCAACGCAUGGGGGUAUCAUGGGCGAAACAGUAUACUCUGUUAUGUCCAUGGUACUGCUCAUGUCUAAAGGCGACGGUUACUACUUUCCAUCAGGUGGGCUGUCAGCUUCUUUGCCAUUCUAAGUUGAUUAAAAAAAAUAUGGAAUGGCCUUUCUCGUAAUGUUUCCUUCGUUUUAUAACCUUGAUUCCUUCAAAUGUAGCGUAAAAAAGCAUUUCGUGAGCCGCCAUAGUGAAGCCAACGGUUGAGAGUAAGUCAAUUAGCAGUACCAUGGACAUAACAGUGUAUAUUGUUUCGCCCAUGACACCCCCCAUGCGUUGCCAUUCUUAAGGACUCGGAUGUUAUUCCUCUGUACUCUGUUAAUUUAAACCGAAACCCGGCCAUGCAAACAAAACUGCUUCACGGUUGAAACACGAAUGGGUUAGAGAUGCCCAAGCAAACGACUUUUGUACAAAGUCUCUCUAGUUGAUCGUGUUUUAUUGAUCAUAUUGCCUCUGAUAUCGCUCAAGAUGGUGUGGUCAUAGCGUGCUGUAAUAAAAAAAGCUACUGCAGUGUUUCCCAACCUUUUUGUGCCAUGCCCCACUUGACCAUUUCUCAAAUGUUUAUGCCCCCAUACAUAUUUUUUCCCGACAAAGUUUACUUGACGACUCUAUUCGCCCAGUUGAUAUUUUAGUAACAUCAAACUAAAUUAUACCUAAUAAAGAUUUACAGCAUUUUUUUUUAUAUACUUUUUUUUUGUUAAAUUUGGCACCGUUCUCUACUUGUAGCAUUGCAUUUAAAUGGCAUGGAGCAAGAGUAUUAAAAUCGCUUCGAGUCCAUUUUUAAUCCCCCCCCCCCCUAACUAUCAAUUUGCUGCCCUGUGGGUCGUGGGCCCCACGUUGGAAUACACCGGACUACUGUGUCGAAGCGAUGCUGUUAAAAUGUAUUAUACCUUUUACUUGUACACUUGUAUAUGAUUAGAUUUGCCAUAAUAUAGUUCUACAAAUGCUUCCAUAUUAUAAAUUUUAUAUUAAAUAGUAUUUGUAACAACACCCCAUAAAAUAACUUUAUAUUCCUGUUAUAUGUAAUUAAUAUAUGCCUAAACAUUCGGUCCGCCUCGAUCUCUAAAUGAGGCUAGGGUUUAAAAGACCGUGUCGUUAAUAUUUUAAAUUUUUCCUGCAUACCUUGACCUAAUAAGAAUGUAAAAGAGAUACGAUCCGUUUGCGUCGGAUGACAUAGAAGUAAUCUGUCGAUGCAGAUGAUGUCAAUGUAGUGGCUCUUUAAACAUCAGCGUAGAAGGUCAAUGAUGGACAUUAUCGGAAUAAUUAUAAUAAAUAUAGUCGCUGCAAUGAAUUUUUUUAUGUAAAUAAAUAAUUUAUUUGCAUCACUUACAGCACACGAACAGCAAUAGAUACAAAAGCAAUGUGAUAAAGAUACAUGUACCAUACAAAAGAUUAAAAAAAAUUCAAAAAUAAAAUCAGAAUGCAUAAAAUUAGUAAAAAAUUUUUUUCUUCAUGCGUUUCUUCAUAUAAAUACCUUCAAUUUAUGUAAUAUGACAAAAGUUCAAGUUAUGCAAGGAUCACAGCACGUUUUCUCUUAAUAUCGCCUAUAAUAUGUAAGUUUAAUAAGAUAAUCCGAUAGUGCACUUAUUAAUAAAUAGUUCAAAAUCGAAGCUUAUAAAUUGAGUCUUAGGAGUUUUAGAAUAAGGACCAUUGCGUCUGCGGGGGCGACAUAUUGCCUCCAAGAAUGUAUACCGCGGUAUACACUUCUCAUUAUAUCUUGAUAAUAUAUUUGUAUGUUUUUUUUUGCUGUUAAAGGAAAACCAACAGCUUAAAAAAAAAACUUAAAACUUUAUGUUUUACUAUAAAAAAUAAUGGUAAAGACAAAGUCAAUUAUAGUAUUCACAAGUGGAACGUAAUAGUCGAGAGAUGGGCAGCAGCGUCUUAAAACACCAUUAAAACCUAACUGCGGUUGUCAAUCCACCUGCCAAGCAUGAGAACUACUGGCCAAAGCCCCCAAUAGAGUGAGGCCACAUUUGGCAGGCGAGUUGGCAACCGCAGUUAGGUUUUGGUGAUGUUUCAAAAAGACCGUUGCGGUACAUUCCUUGACUAUUAAGUUUCCUUACUUACGAUAUCCAUAAGAAAGCAAGGGAUGUCCUAUUCUAUGCCGGGACCACACGGUAUAUUUCAGUAUAAUAAGUACCGAUUUAACUACGUGUAAUUAGAUCGAGAAAUCUCGACUAGUUUCGGAAUCUACUCGUGAUCCUUAAUCAUGAGCGACCGUUGUUAUAAUGCUAAAAUGCAGUUGGACAGACAAAAAUUCUAAAAAUAUUAUUUAGACAUCUAUUGUUUCUGCCUACCCUAAUGGGAGACAAACGUGACAGAUAUGUAUGUAUGUACAUCUAUUAAUCAUAAUAACAACCCUUAAAAAUGACUUUUUUUUAUACAAUUUAGAAUGGCAAACAAGCUGACGGCCCACCUGAUGGAAAGUGGUAACCGUCGCCUAUACACAUGAGCAGUACCAUGGACAUAACAGAGUAUACUGUUUCGCCCAUGAUACCCACAUACGUUGCCAUUCCUGAGGACUCAGGUGUUAUUCCUCUGUACCCAGUAAAUUCACGCCAUAUCCCACCCUUCAAACCGAAACAGCUAUGCAAACACAACUGCUCCACGGUUGAAACACGAAUGGGACAGAGGUACCCAAGCAAUCGACUUUUGUACAGUCUCCCUCUGGCUAUGGUCUUAAAUAUAUAUUAUCAGUAUAUAAUGGGAAUAUAAUAUUUUGAGCUUCAUCCACAUAGUUUACUAGCGUUAAUGUAUUACUCUUGUUAAUGCACUUUAUUGAUAUAGUUUUACGGACCAAGAUUUACUAUUCGAUGCGUACACCAUCAUGAUUUUACAGAGAAUAAACAAGUGGGCGAACAACUCGACUUGAUAUCGAAGUGUUCAAAAUUCUCAAUCGAACGAACGAAGAAUGUUGAAAAAUCUAGAUGGAGAUGUAUCGAAGGAUAUUGUUAAAAAAAAAUAGGUUUCUGCUAAUAUAUAUUAAUUA